AUGAGUAACUAUAAAAGUGAAACGAAAGGACCAAUAAAUUUGAUUCCUAAGACAAAUUAUAUUUCCACUUUAACAGUUGCUAAUUACUUAUUGACUAAGCAAACAAUUGACCAGGCUUUGAAUGAAGAUCAUGAGUAUGUGCUGAAUAAGAAUAUUGAGAUGAGAACUGGAGGUACCUUAAAUUCAUUCUUUGCCACAGGAAAUUAUAAAUUAAAUUACAAGAACAAUGAUGAGGAAAACUCUGAACCAGAGAAGAAGAGAAGAAAAAUCAUUUAUAACAAUGGGAAAGCACAAGAACCGGAUGAGCUGAUCAAUGAAGUUCCUGGUAAUAUCAAAUUUGCCAAGGAUAUCCGAGAUGAGAAGGCUAAAGAGUUGGUGUUCUCGCAUGUAUUAGAUCAAAACGAGCAAUUCAGGCUAUUAGUCAAUAAUUUGGAUGAAGACCAAACAAAUAGAUUUGAAGUAUUUCACAGAACCUCUUUGAACAAAGCACAAGUGAAGAAAUUAGCUAAUACUGUAUUGAAUCAAAAUAUAUCUGAAAACAUCAGAGUUUUCCUUCAAUCUAUCGGUAAAGUUUUUGCAGGAGAAAUCAUUGAAUUGGCCAUGCAGGUACGAAUGAAAUGGUUAGUGGGUCAGUUGACUAUCAAUUAUAAUAAAAGGAAGAGAAUCGGUAAACAAUUGAAGAAAUUCUUAAAAAAAUUAACGAUGUUAGUUCAAAAAUCAAACAGCACAAACAGCAGCACUUCACUGACUGCUGCUGAAGAGAAUAACGAAGAUAUAGAGAUUUUAAAUUCCAAUAGUGAAUUCAAUGAUAGUAUCGAUGAAUGUGAAAGUGAUUCUUUUUAUGAUGAUGAUGAAGAAGAAGAACCGUUUGUUAAAGCUGGUAAUGAGCUAUUGAAAUAUAAUAAACAAGUGACACAAGAUAUAAAAACAGAAUUAGUUAAGCAUUAUAACAUCUUGGCCAAAAGAUUCAAUUCUUUAAAUAUGAACAUCGAUAAGUUUCUCGGUUCAGUCGAAGAUUCUUCUUCAGUAACAUCAGAAAGUAUCGGUGAAGGAUCGACUAAAAACCAACCUCAAAAUACGAAAUCAAAAGUAAUCAAUACCAGUCCAUUGUUAUCCGAACAUAUAAGAGAAGCAUGGAGAUUAUAUCAAUUACAAAGCGAUUCCCUGCCUUCUGCAACAUGGAGACAACAAGGUGAAGGAAAUGGAUGGAUGUUCAGAUAA